UUUCCUUGUCUAGCUCUUCAAGAUGCCUCCCGUUCACUAUCGUGUAUAUGUCAAAUUUCACCCGGGUUCCACAGCUCAAGAGAUCAGAGAUGAGCCCUCGUGGACAACUGGUCACGAGCAUCGAGUCGGCUUCUGGAAUCGUCAGGAUCGAGUGCCUGGGUUAACUCAUUCUGGGGAUGAAAUAGAGUUAGACUCAGAUCCAAACGAGAGUACUGAGGUUGAGAAAUUAGAGGAGAGAUACGAUGAGUUCAGGCGCGAAGCUGAAGACGGAAAGCUUGUCAAUUUUCGAGAUGUCAUCAACGUCCAAGAGGAUUUACAUCUCAGAAGGCCCGAUGUUCAUUCAGAGGGAUGGAGAUUUGUGCUCAACGCGAGUGAGGAUUGGAUCAAGAAUACCGAGCAGUGGCCUGCAAACAUUGAAAGAAAGCAGAAGGAACAGGAAGCGAAAGAGAAACGGAACGAAGAGGACAAGACUCAAGAACGAACACCAGGAGAUGGGGAAAAUCAUGUUAAUAGCGGGAAAGUCGUCAACGGCAAAGUCGAGGAUCAGGUCAAUGGCAAUGCAAGAAAAGCAAAGAAAGAAAAUCGGGCAGGUGAGGAAAGCGACGGCGUCCAGCAGGAACACGAAUGGAAGCGGCAAUCUGACGAGAACAAACACCAUGAGGCCUAUGGAAGCUGGAGCGAUGCCGAUGCGGAAGAUUCAAGUAGUGACGAGAAGGAGAAGUCCGCGCAUGAAAAGCUUCGAGAAAAGUAUUCGUCUCAGGAAAUUGCUCUCCUUCGCUCGCUCCAAAACGAGAAAGACUAUAUCUGCAAUCUCAAACAAAACGACGGAAAAGGAAAAUCGCCAGUCAAUCAUAGCGAUCCACUAAUCUCGAUCGACGAAGCAGACCAAUUCAGUCUAGAUAAUUGGAUUCCAAGAUCUUCGAACUUAAUUCGUCUGACUGGAAAGCACCCGCUGAAUGGAGAGCCCAAACUCCAAUCUCUCUUUGAAGCGGGAUUGAUCACGCCGAAUGAGUACCACUAUGUUCAAAAUCAUGGAGCAGUGCCUCACCUUCUCUGGGUACUUCACAAGCUGGAGAUUCAAGGUUUGGAGGCAAACCAAAAACUGGAGUUGACCAUGGACCAAUUAGCGGAACGUUUUGAUACCGUCAAUAUCCCAGUUGCACUUGCAUGCGAUGGUAAUCGGCGCAAAGAGCUCAACAUGAUCAAGAGAUCUAAAGGCUUCAACUGGGGGAGCGGGGCUGUGUCAUGUGCUUACUGGAAGGGUCCUCUGCUGCGAGAUGUGCUUCUAGCUGCUAGUAUAUCCGAAAGGUUGGACGAAGGCCGACGAUUAUGGGUCAACUUCGAAGGCGCCGACGAGCCUUCCGAAGGCAGAUACGCAACAUGUAUCCCACUCAACUAUGCCAUUGAUCCAACGAACGAUGUCAUUCUAGCAUACGAGAUGUAUGAUGUCCCAUUGCCUCCAGAUCAUGGCCAUCCUGUUCGUGUCAUCAUUCCUGGCUAUGUUGGUGGUCGAUGUGUGAAAUGGCUUCACAAGGUCUGGGUCAGUGAAAAGGAGAAUGAUUCACAUUACCACAUCUGGGACAAUAGAGUACUCCCAGCCUUCAUCACCGAGAAAGAUGGCGAAUUUGCAGACGUGGGAUUUGCUCAUCCAAGCACUGCGUGCAAUGAACAGAAUCUGAACAGUGUAAUUGUGAAGCCCGCCCAAGGCGAGACCAUCUCCCUUGACAGGGCCAAGAAGGGAACGACAUAUCGCGUGCAGGGAUAUGCGUAUGACGGAGGCGGACAUGAGGUUCAGCGCGUCGAAAUUUCACUUGACGAUGGUGCCACCUGGCUGUACUGCAUUCGGAAGUUUCCCGAUGCCCCCAUCCGACACGGCAACAAAUUUUGGACUUGGCUGCACUGGCAUAUUGAUGUUGAGAUCGCUCAUCUCGUGCGGUGUCGGUCAAUCAUCGUUCGAUGCUUCAAUGUAUUCAAGAACACGCAGCCGCGGGAACCGUCAUGGAAUACAAUGGGUAUGAUGAACAACUGCUGGUAUAUCGUUAAGCCUGAGAUCUCGGAGAAGGAUGAUGGCAUUGCAAAGAUUCGGUUCCGACAUCCUGUCGAGCCUGGAACCAAAGACGGUGGUUGGAUGCACUUGUCCGAGUCUGAGAAGAUCAACGAAGCUAGGCAGGCGGCUGGUGCUCCGGAGAAACAGUUCACGAGAGAGGAGAUUGAGAAGCACAAUACCGAUGAUGAUUGCUGGAUCGUGGUUGAUGGGAAAGUGUACGAUGCGACCAGCGUACUAGAAUGGCAUCCGGGAGGGAAAGCAGCAAUCACCGGUCAUGAAUGCAUCCUCGGCGUCGUCACAGAGAAAGCAGCCAACUUCAUCAAGAAGAACGCCGAAAAGGCUGCCCAAGAAGCCGCUAACUCGGCAACCAAUUCCUCUGACAUCGCCCUCCAAAAACAUCGCUGGGUGCCAGUCAAACUCGUCCAGCGCACCGAACUAUCGAAAGACACUCGCCGCUACACAUUCAAACUGUCCAACUCCAACAAGUUGGGCCUAGAAACCUGUCAACACAUCCAAUUCGGCUUCCACUUCAAAGACAAAAUGCUGAUCCGCUCAUACACACCCACUCGGCCAGUCACGGAGAAAGAAGACGAUGGCACCUUUGAUCUCGUCGUCAAGACGUACUUUCCCGAUACGCGGCAGCCUGGGGGAGCGAUGUCCAACAUCUUGGAUUGCAUCCCUGUUGGGGAGGAAGUCGAGAUUCGUGGCCCGACGGGUGAGAUUGCUUAUAAAGGGAACGGAAAAUUCAUCAUUGAAGAUAAGGAGUAUCAUUUCUCUAAGAUCUCGUUGAUUCUUGGAGGAUCGGGGUUGACUCCAGGGUACGCCCUUAUCGCUCGCAUUCUAGGUGAUGUGCAUGAUAAGACCGAGAUCAGGGUUGUGGAUGCAAACAAGAGUGAAGAGGAUAUUUUGAUGCGAGAGGAGAUGGAAAGAUUUGCUCAGGAGCAUAAGGAACAGUUUCGGAUUUGUCAUGUUUUGAGUCAUCCGAGUGAGGAGUGGAAAGGCGUGAAGGGCCAUGUGGAUGCGGAUAUUAUCAAGCAGAAUUGCUUUGAACCUGAUAGGGGCAAGGAGAGUGUGGUGUUCCUUUGUGGACCGCCGGCCAUGAUUCAGAAAGCUGCAUUGCCGGCCUUGAAGGAGUGGGGUUAUGAGGAAGAGAGGGAUUGUUUUGGCUUCUAA